AUGGACGCGGCGUUUUUGCUGCGGACGGAGCACGUCGCCGUGACGCAGAAGCCACUUUCUACGCCGCAGGCCAAGCACGGACAGCCGGCUCAGCGAACCGUGCGCAUAUUCUGCGACGACUUGGAUGCCACUGACUCCUCCGAAGAUGACCGCCCUCGUGGCCUCGUUCGCCGGUACGUCCAGGAGAUUCGUAUGCACCCCCGGACAGCUUCCUCCGCCAGGGCGCUGCGGAAGAGGAAGGCCGCCGCUUUUCCUGUUGCGGCGCCUGAGGAGGCGGGAGAGGGCGAGGGCGAGGGCGGAGUGAAGCGGUUCCGUGGAGUCCGGCGGAGGCCGUGGGGAAAGUUCGCAGCGGAGAUCCGCGACCCGUGGCGGCGCGUGCGCGUGUGGCUCGGCACGUUCGAUACCGCCGAGGAGGCAGCCAAAAUGUACGACUCCGCUGCGGUCCGGCUCCGCGGCCCCGGCGCCGCCAUCAAUUUCUCCCGUCCUGCUGCGAGCUCCCCGAAGAACCUUCCCAAGAGCAGCACCUUGUCGGUAUCCGCCGUUUCCGAGUCCACCGACGAGUCGCGGGGACUCUGCUCUCCGACUUCCGUCCUCCGCGACUUCUCCUCUGCCUCUUCAUCAUCCUGCUCGUCCUCCUCUCCUUCCGUGGCGGAGGAGGUCCCCAUACCCCGGCCGAAGACGGAGUCGACGGCCAGCGGUAGCUGGCCAGAGGAACUCGGCGUAUUCCCGCCGUUUGAGAUUCCUGCGCUCUUUGACGACUUCUUAGAACUCAGCGGCUCGGGUCCGGGAAGCUACUUUGACGACUCGGCGCCCAUCGGGUUCUUAGCCGAAGAGUUAAGUCAAGCUCUCAUCGGCUCAGGACUCGAGCUCGAUUACAGGCCGUCUACGUGGCAGGAUGAUGACUUCUUCGACGACAUCGGCGAUUUAUUCGCGAUCGAUCCUCUCCUUGCCGUCUAA